AUGUACUGCUUUGCAUAUAUACCACUGUUCUGUUUAUGUGUUCUCUCUUUUCCUACUCUGAGACCACAGAAAUGGUUCCAGCCACUUAGAGCAACUGCCAAAGCUGCUCAGAAGUUCACGCCACUGAAUGUACAAGUUCCUGAUUUGAAACCGUUGUUAGAUGUCAUUGUAAAAGGUUGUGAGACUCUUGACACAAAUUUGGCCGCUAUCGUGACUCAAACAGAGGACGAAACAUCGAAAAUAAUAGCGGACACGAUCACCAAGGAAAUAAAGGAGAUAGAAGGUGUAGUAGAUGGCAGCAAUACUCUUUGUGUCUCCCAGCUUACCAAUCUUUUCCAAACAACUACGAAAACCAUUUCGGACCUGAUACAAGCGAUCACCGGUUCAGAAGAAACAGAUACAUCAAAGCUACUCAAAGAGAAAGAAACCACCCUUGUAAAAACAAUACAAGACCUGAUUAAUGGCACUAACAACAAAAUUAAGGACUUAGUGGAUGCUCAUACGAAUGAGGAAUUUAUAGGCCUUGAGAGUUUGAUCAAAUCAGAGAAUCAAACAAUUUACACACAGAUUAAGGAUAUAUUGGCCGACCCACAGAAUACAAAUCCAAUAAUCCCGCAACUAAAGUUCCCCGAUCCCGUCACGAUUGCCGACAGCAUCGUACCUGGGAAAAACCAACUACAUGACAACCUCGUAAAAAUUGUUUCUGAUCUGCUGGAACAGAUAAAAUCUGAAAUACAGAAGGUAGAGCAAUACGAAUUAACAAACCAACAAUCAAUAAUAGGUACUGGCACAGCCUCAUACACUGAACAACUAAAUACCAUACGUCACAACACUCUGGUAAGUGUUCAAAAGAUCACAGAUGAUGUUUCUUCUAGCGAAAUAACAACCAUACUAAAUGUACUUGCCGCCAAUAAUUUGGAAAUGAAGAACGAUAUCAUUAGUCUGACGCAAAAGAUGGAUCAGGAUGCAUCUGGGUACAUAAUCGAGAUUACAACACUAGAAAUUGAUAGUUUAACACCCUUAAUAGCAGAGUAUAACCGAACAAUUGCAGGACAGAUAAUUCCUAAUCUUAAACCGCAACGAUAAAUAAACACAAA